GGGAGCAAUGAUGAGCUGUCAGAAAACGAAGAGGAUCUGGAAGAGAAGUCGGAGAGUGAAGGGAGCGACUACUCCCCUAAUAAAAAGAAGAAGAAAAAACUCAAGGACAAGAAGGAGAAAAAAGCCAAGCGCAAAAAGAAGGACGACGAGGAGGAGGAGAACGAGGACGGAAGCUUAAAGGAACCCAAGUCUUCGGGGCAGCUCAUGGCUGAGUGGGGCCUGGAUGACGUGGACUACCUGUUCUCAGAGGAGGACUACCACACGCUGACCAACUAUAAGGCCUUCAGUCAAUUCCUCAGGCCGCUCAUUGCCAAGAAGAACCCGAAGAUUCCCAUGUCCAAAAUGAUGACCGUCCUGGGUGCCAAGUGGCGGGAGUUCAGCGCCAACAACCCUUUCAAGGGUAGCUCGGCGGCGGCGGCUGCAGCGGCGGUGGCUGCGGCCGUAGAGACGGUCACCAUUGCCCCUGCGCUGGCUGUCAGCCCCCAGCAGGCGCCCCAGCCUGCACCCAUCCGCAAGGCCAAGACCAAGGAGGGCAAGGGGCCUGGAGUGAGGAAGAAGAUCAAAGGCUCCAAAGAUGGGAAGAAAAAGGGCAAGGGGAAAAAAGUGGCCGGGUUCAAGUUCCGUUUUGGGGGGAUCAGCAACAAGAGGAAGAAAGGCUCCUCGAGCGAGGAGGAUGAGCGGGAGGAGUCGGACUUCGAUAGUGCCAGCAUCCACAGCUCCUCUGUGCGCUCUGAGUGCUCCGCCGCCCUGGGCAAGAAGAGCAAAAGGAGGCGCAAGAAGAAGAGGAUUGACGAUGGUGAUGGCUAUGAGACCGACCACCAGGACUACUGUGAGGUGUGCCAGCAGGGUGGGGAGAUCAUCCUGUGUGACACCUGUCCACGGGCCUACCACCUCGUCUGCCUCGACCCAGAGCUGGAGAAGGCUCCUGAGGGCAAGUGGAGCUGCCCACACUGUGAGAAAGAGGGCAUCCAAUGGGAGCCAAAGGAUGACGACGAGGACGAGGAGGAGGGCGGAUGCGAGGAGGAGGAGGACGACCACAUGGAGUUCUGCCGCGUGUGCAAGGACGGGGGCGAGCUGCUCUGCUGCGACGCCUGCCCCUCCUCCUACCACCUGCACUGCCUCAACCCGCCCCUGCCCGAGAUCCCAAACGGUGAAUGGCUCUGCCCGCGCUGUACUUGUCCCCCACUGAAAGGCAAAGUCCAGCGGAUCCUACACUGGAGGUGGACGGAGCCCCCGGCCCCCUUCAUGGUGGGCCUGCCGGGACCUGACAUGGAGCCCAGCAUCCCCCCACCCAAGUCCCUGGAGGGCAUCCCGGAGAGAGAGUUCUUUGUCAAGUGGGCUGGGCUCUCCUACUGGCACUGCUCCUGGGUAAAGGAGCUCCAGCUGGAGCUGUACCACACGGUGAUGUACCGCAACUACCAAAGGAAGAACGACAUGGACGAGCCGCCACCCUUUGACUAUGGCUCUGGUGACGAGGAUGGCAAGAGCGAGAAGAGGAAGAACAAGGACCCUCUGUACGCCAAGAUGGAGGAACGUUUCUACCGCUACGGCAUCAAGCCCGAGUGGAUGAUGGUGCACCGCAUCCUCAACCACAGCUUCGACAAAAAGGGGGACGUGCACUACCUGAUCAAGUGGAAAGACCUGCCCUACGACCAGUGCACCUGGGAGAUCGAUGACAUCGACAUCCCCUACUACGACAACCUGAAGCAGGCCUACUGGGGCCACAGGGAAAUGAUGCUGGGAGAAGAUGCCAGGCUGCCCAAGAGGCUGGUCAAGAAGGGCAAGAAGCUGAAGGACGAUAAACAGGAGAAGCCGCCUGACACGCCCCUAGUGGAUCCCACGGUCAAGUUUGACAAGCAGCCGUGGUACAUCGACUCCACGGGUGGCACGCUGCACCCGUACCAGCUGGAGGGCCUCAACUGGCUGCGCUUCUCCUGGGCCCAGGGCACUGACACCAUCCUGGCCGAUGAGAUGGGCCUGGGCAAGACGGUGCAGACCAUCGUUUUCCUGUACUCCCUGUACAAGGAGGGCCACUCCAAGGGACCCUACCUGGUCAGCGCACCCCUGUCCACCAUCAUCAACUGGGAACGUGAGUUCGAGAUGUGGGCGCCUGACUUCUACGUGGUCACCUACACGGGGGACAAGGAGAGCCGCUCUGUGAUCCGUGAGAAUGAGUUUUCCUUUGAGGACAAUGCCAUUCGAAGUGGGAAGAAGGUGUUCCGCAUGAAGAAAGAAGUGCAGAUCAAAUUCCACGUCCUGCUCACCUCCUACGAGCUCAUCACCAUCGACCAGGCCAUCCUGGGCUCCAUUGAGUGGGCCUGCCUUGUGGUGGACGAGGCCCACCGGCUCAAAAACAACCAGUCGAAGUUCUUUAGGGUCUUGAAUAGCUACAAGAUCGAUUACAAGCUGCUGCUGACGGGGACCCCCCUCCAGAACAACCUGGAGGAGCUGUUCCAUCUCCUCAACUUCCUGACUCCAGAGAGGUUCAACAACCUGGAGGGCUUCCUGGAGGAGUUUGCUGACAUCUCCAAGGAAGACCAGAUCAAGAAGCUUCACGACCUGCUGGGGCCACACAUGCUCAGGCGGCUGAAGGCUGACGUGUUCAAGAACAUGCCGGCCAAGACCGAGCUGAUCGUCCGUGUGGAGCUGAGCCAGAUGCAGAAGAAGUACUACAAGUUCAUUCUCACGCGGAACUUCGAGGCGCUGAACUCUAAGGGGGGUGGAAACCAGGUGUCGCUGCUCAACAUCAUGAUGGAUCUGAAGAAGUGUUGCAACCACCCCUACCUCUUCCCCGUGGCUGCUGUG